GUGAGGUUGGUCCCGACAGCGCAAGCUCUAAUUUCUGAGACUUGAUUGACCUUGUUACUGUCACGUAGAGGUCAGCAUAAAAUCAGUUUGCCUAAAAUUUUCAUCAGAUUCUAACGAAAGUUUGCACUUUCGAGCGGGUCGUGAGAAAUAAUAGCUGCCUGUUCAAUUAUACGGUAAAAUCCGCUGAACAAUACACUUUUUGCGAAAGAUGGCCGCCAAGUACCGCAUCGUUAUGGUCCGCCACGGCGAAUCCGAGUGGAACCAGAAGAAUCUGUUCUGCGGUUGGUUCGACGCGAACCUCAGCGAUAAGGGAAAAGAGGAAGCGCUUGCCGCUGGAAAAGCCGUAAAGGAGGCCGGAUUGAAGUUUGACGUCGCGCACACUUCUCUGUUGACCCGCGCCCAGGUCACCUUGAACUCGAUUCUAACCGAGUCUGGACAAACCGGCAUUCCAACUGAGAAGACAUGGCGCCUCAACGAGCGUCACUACGGCGGUCUGACCGGGCUGAACAAGUCGGAAACUGCGGCCAAGUACGGUGAGGAGCAGGUUCUAAUCUGGCGUCGCAGCUUCGACGUUCCACCGCCGAACAUGGAACCGGACCACGCCUACUACAACGCCAUCGUUAAGGAUGAACGCUACAAGGGCGAUCCGAAGCCGGAAGAGUUCCCGAUGGCUGAAUCGCUCAAGCUUACCAUUGCCCGUACUCUGCCAUACUGGAACGAUGUCAUCAUUCCCCAAAUGAAGGCCGGUAAAAAUAUCAUCAUUGCUGCCCACGGAAACAGCUUACGUGGUAUUGUUAAGCAUUUGGACCAGAUGACCGACGAGGCCAUCAUGGGAUUGAAUCUGCCCACCGGCAUUCCGUUCGUCUAUGAACUGGACGAGAAUCUGAAGCCCGUCGUUUCGAUGAAGUUCCUUGGUGACGAAGAGACGGUCCGCAAGGCCAUCGAAUCGGUCGCCAACCAGGGAAAGGCUAAGUAAAUAUCCGUAAGCAUUGAUCCUGCGAUCGAUGUGUUAAAAUAUUAUUCAAGCAUAAAGUAAUGACACAGUGUUCGGAUCAUAAGAUAAAUCAAUGUUGUGCUGUUGUGGAACAAUUCACACCAAAUACAAGAAAGUUAUUGAAUAAAAUCCUUUGUCAACCUAGUCCAGAAUAUGGA